AUGAGUAGUCACGCUAUCACUAUUAUUUCGGCUAUCAUUGGAUGGGCUUACUUUUUUGCAUGGUCACUCUCAUUCUAUCCACAAUUAUAUUUAAAUUUUAAGAGAAAAUCUGUAAUAGGAUUAUCUUUUGAUUUCUUAUUGUUUAAUAUUACAGGUUAUAUAUGUUACUCCGUUUAUAAUUGUGUAUUGUUUUGGGUACCUUUUGUAAAGGAUGAAUAUCUACACAAGUAUGGUCCACCCAUUCCAGUUCAACCAAAUGAUGUUGCAUUUGCUUUACAUGCACUGGUUAUUACUAUUUUAACUAUUAUUCAAUGCUUUAUCUAUGACCGAGCAGGUCAGAAGAAUUCAAUCUACUCCAUCGUAAUUGGUAUUGGAAUUUGGGUGUCGAUUAUCAUUGUCGUUGGUUUGGGUGCAGGUCAUGUUGUAACUUGGCUAUGGAUGAUCAACUAUCUCAGUUAUGUCAAAUUGUUCAUUACAUUCAUUAAGUACGUACCACAGGCAUGGAUCAAUUACAAACGUAAGAGUACCACCGGUUGGAGUAUUGGUAAUGUACUAUUGGAUUUCAGUGGUGGUAUUCUAUCAUUACUUCAAAUGUUAUUGGACGCAGUCAAUGCAGAUAAUUGGAAAGUAUUUAUUGGUGAUCCAGUUAAAUUUGGUUUGGCUCUCUUCAGUAUAGCAUUCGAUAUUCUUUUUAUGAUUCAACACUAUGUUUUAUAUAGAAAUGCACAUAACAAGCCUGGAUAUCAACAAAUUCAAACACCACCAGAAUCAUUCGAAGAUAUCUCACCAAAGAGUUUCGAUGAGAAACAAACAUAA